UCUCAUCCACCAAACGCUCAUCCACAAAGAUAACCCCCAUCAUAACGAAUCCCUCUUCCUCAUCCUCUUCAAACUUCUACUCUACUUCACUUCAAAUAAUUCAAAGCAGAAACAAGAAGAGGUCGCCAAAAAAUAAAAAAUGGCCAUGAAGCUGUGGGCUUCUUCUACAGCCAAUGCGCUUAAAAUCUCCUGCUCCAAGAAGGCCGGAGCCACCCCUUCUCUCACCUUCUUCUCCAGAUGUUUCUCUUCUGUUUUGGAUGGUUUGAAGUACAGCAAUUCUCAUGAAUGGAUUAAACAAGAAGGCUCAGUUGCCACUAUUGGCAUCACUGACCAUGCUCAGGACCAUUUGGGAGAAGUUGUGUUCGUCGAGCUGCCGGAAUCCGGCAGCGAGGUAACGAAAGGAGGCAGCUUUGGAGCAGUGGAGAGUGUCAAAGCAACCAGCGAUGUGAACUCUCCCAUUUCAGGCCAAGUGGUGGAGGUCAACACUAAGCUCACAUCAACUCCUGGCCUGAUCAACACCAGCCCUUAUGGAGAUGGAUGGAUGAUUAAGGUCCGGCCAAGCAGCCCUUCAGAGCUGGAAGCGAUGAUGGGUCCGGGAGAAUACAGCAAGUUUUGCGAGGAAGAAGAUGCUCACCAUUAACGCAAUAAGGAAAUUCUGUAUUUUUGCGUUUGUUGUUCUUUCAAAGUAGUUUCUUUUUUGAGUGUUUACAAGUCUAAGCAAACUUAUUCUGGGGAUUUGUUCCUUGUUAUUUCAUAUGUAGAUUGAUUGA